AUGCUGACUAAACACACUCAAGAGCUUGAAAACUUGCGAAAAUUAAGAGCAACACUAGAAGCAAUAAAAGAAUCAACCGCUAAAAUGUUACAAGAUAUUACAACAAUAUACAAGGAUAACAACCCCCAAUUAUUACAAAACUCUAAAGAUUUCCAAAAAGCUUUAAAUGAUUUAUGA